AUGGCCGUGGAUAUGGACUUCAUCAUCCCGUACUGCCCACUUCCCCCCAAGCCUCCCAAGCCUCUCCAGCCUCUCCCCACCAAGCCCUCUAUUCGUGAACACCAUCUUCUCCAGCCCACUCCUAUGACCCCAGCACAAUUCAUCAUCCCUGAACCACUGUUAACCACCCAUUCACCUCCCUGGCCCCCUCUUCACUUCCGUAGAGAUAACCUAGGUGGCCCGGACAGCCAGAUCGGCGUUCGAGCAUCGAACGCUCCGUUGAACGAGUUCGAUACUGCGCUGGAACGUCUGGACGUCGUGGAGGUGGUUGACAUGAGCAGUCGCAGUUCCACCGACCGGGAUGAUGUUGAGCCGUCCAGGGCCCGUGUCGCCGGCGUGAUCCAAGGCUCAACCGCGCCGGACGCCAGGCCCCGCCGGGAAGCCUCAAGCGAUAGACCCUCACGGAAGGCUGAUCGAUCAUCACCUCAGAAAAUCACCCCUCCUCUCUCCGAUCGCGGUCACGAUCCGGCGCUCGACGAGUGUGAACCGAAAGCCUCAUGUCCUCCGCCUGGCCUGUUUAGCGACGCUACCGAGAUCAAACAACCGAUCCUCGUGGACUUGGAGAGUGAUGGAGAAAAUCCUCCGAACGAUGAUGAAUCCAGGAGGACUAUUGGUCUCGAUGUGGGCGCCGGUGCCACGGGCGGAGGGAUUGUAGGUACACCUUCCAGCACGGGAGCCAAAUCGGAGCCUGGAACUCCCGUCAGCCCUGGAAAGCGCGCUGGGAAAGGGUGCAGGCUGAUGGGGCGGGGACGCGUGCGACGCACGGAUGUUCGAGUCGAGAUUCCUUCUCCGCCAGACGCUCUCGAGGAGAGAGAGGGCCGAGGCGACAGGAGCGACCCCAGCGACAACAGUGACUUCAAUCACUCCAGCGACUGCAGCAGCGGCGACGACGAUGAGGCGUAUCGGGAAAGUGAUGAUGAUGACCAUGUCGCUAGGCGGCCACGCAAGCGGCGGAAACUCUGGACGCGGCGGUCCUCCAGGUCCGUCGUCACUUCUGCUGCUUGCACGGGAGAUCCCUCUCCGGCUGCUGUGGUAAACGAUAAGCCAGGGAAACUGAAUCCGACGACGAAGCAUAGUGAAAACCCGGCCCGUGAUUCUUCCAGUGUGUCCACUGUCUCACCAGAUGAUGCAGUGACAAACCGCUCAGGCGACGACAUACCGGUCUCCGGCUUCCUUUCAAGCUACGUGGCCGGGUCCAGAGUGUGCUACACUAUAACAUUCUGUCACGAGGAGACCGGCCGGCUCCUGUCGGCGAAUGCAAACGAUCUGUCGAGCCCCGGCCGAGAAGGGCGGCGGUCUGUCGCGACCGGUAGACGUGUGCCUUUUACCUCGGAGGAUGACGCGCUGCUGAGGGAACUCAAGGAGGACGGCGAGCCAUGGGAUGAGAUCACCAAGCGCUUCCCGGGUAGAUCCAAGGCGACUCUGCAGGUGCGGUACUCCACCAAGCUGAAGCAUCACACCCCGCCGCCAACUCGCAAGUCGAAGUCGAAGUCGAGGCCGAGAAAACAUGGAUACCGUUGA